GCUGCGGACGCGAAUGCCUGAGGGCGGGAAACGGCUGAGGAGAAGCGCGGGGCGGGCAGCUCCGGUACCGGCGGGACGCUCCGCGGAGGCGGCCCCCUCGGCGGGACACUCGGGGGGUAUCAGCCCCCUGUGGGCAUCUGUAGGCCAUUCCGUUAAGGCAGCCGCCAUCGGUGCCCUUGGCGGGAGCUCGUCACGGAGCCCCUCCCGCCAGCGCCGUGCCGGUGUCGGCCAUCGCCGUGUGGUGGGUGACUGCCGGCAGCGGUCCCGUAACUCAGCUCUUCGUCGGUUUUCUUUUCAAAUGGUCCCGGUUCGGGGCAGCGAGUUAAGGGAGCGGGGUUAGCAGGGCUUGUAGUGUUCGGAGAGGGAUUGGGUGCGUAGGAGAGGGGUACCUGAAGGAAAUGGCUCAGCCCGAGAGUCUCUGUGGAUCUUGCGGGCUGGGUUUCACUGCGGUGAUCAGCAAUAUUGGGAGAGACGAGCAUUGAAUUAUUUUUUGGGGGUAGGGUCCACGAUGCUUCUGCCCCACCACGGACUGCUGUUUGGUUUGUCAUCCAGUGUUACUUUUUUAAAAUGGAGUUCGGGCUCUUUUCUUCAGAUAGUGAAGUGGGAAGGGAAGAUAAAACAUAUUAGCGGAAGAGAAGGUGGAUUUGUGAAGUGUUGGUUAAAAGAAAGAGUAUUUCAUGUGUUGCCAUGUCUGAAGAGACUUUAUUGGAAGAGGACAUUUGGGGGUACAAAUCCAUUAGGAAGCAAAAGCAUCAGAGUUACUCAGAGAGCAACUCUGCAGCUGGGCAGAAAGUAAGAGAUGGCAAGUGCAGGCCGAAGAGAAAGAGAAGUAGAAAUAGGAAAAAAACUGCAGAAAAAACUGAUACCCUUCAGCAAACCCAGCAGAGAUCCAGGCCGAAUCAGGAUGCAGAUCAAUGUGAAGAUGACAGCAAUGGGAACUCCCAGGAAAGUGUGAGCAGCCUGACAGAACAGAGCUCACAAAAUGCAAAGCCACCUCAUGAUGGAUACUGUCCGAGCUGUCAGAUGCCUUUCUCUUUGCUGCUGGUCCAGACACCUCGAUGGCACGUAGCUGAAUGUUUGGAUGCUUUGGGAUCCAUUGAAAAAGAGUGCCCUGAUGGUUUGCAGUGCACUUCUACCAUUCCAUCCCACUACAAGCGUUUUAGCCAUUUUCUGCUUGCAGCAAGCAGAGCAGGAGAUUAUCGUGUAAACCCUUCAACAAACACUUUGGAGAGUGAGAUGACAUAUUCUGCUGCAAAGCCCAGCUGCUCCCCAAGUCAUGCAGAGGAAGUUUCACAGAAUGAGAAACCAUCUUAUAGUAUAAAAAAUUCCCCAAACGAUGACUGUACGUUGGUGGUACAGAGCUCACCACAAAUAAAGUCUCUAAAUGCAAUCAGUGAAAGUACUUCCUCUUUUGCAGAUGGCCAAAAGCCUCAACAGACAUUUCAGUUUACACAGACCACAGAUGAUAGUUGUAAAUUUGAAUUUUAUGACUUUGCAUCCUCUCAAGAAAGUGGAACAGGAGAAGAUCUGUGUAGUCAGAGAGAUACAAGUCAGCCAAGUUUACUGCAGUCAAAAGCUGACUUCAGUGACUGUGAAAUUUCUUAUUCUCCACUGAGUACUUUUGAGGAAAGUGAAGAGGAGACUGAAGAAAAUGAGAAGAAAGUAAAAACUCCACAAAGUAAAUUAUUCAAGGUCCAGAACUCUGAAGAUGAAGAAUCUAACUCCAUCAUGCUUAAAAGAUUCAAUGGACGUUUCUUACAGCAGAAUCCUCAUCAUGAGCAUACCAAAAAGGAAAAUUUCAUAACUAAAAAAGAGAACUGUGAGGAAGUAAAUAGGUUGAACCAUCUAGAUCAUCAUGUAACAACUGUUUCUCAGAGUCACAUGAACAGCAAGUUCUGUAGUUCACCAUGUGUAGGUAAUCAGCAUCAGGAAGAGGUGCUUCCCAGUGGAUCCUCUUUCCCUUUUAAUUGCAAAGAGGUUAAACAGUCACAAUUGGUUUCCUCUGCUGCUAAGGUCAGAGGUACAGAGACAGAGGAUGCUGGUGCUUUGGAUUCUACAUAUGUGAGUUUUACUGAGACAUCUUUGCUUCCAGUUGGAGUAGUUACUGGAUCUCUUCUGACACAGAAAAGUAAUUUUUUGAGAGACCCAAGUAACAUUUCAACUAAUGCAGAUAAAAUGACUGCCAAAGCAAUUGAUAGAAGAGCUUGCCAGGAGAGUCUGCAGUCAGUAGUGGAGGAAGAAGGAAAUCUUAAUACAACUGCUGUGUGCUUUCCCAGCCCUAUCUCUAAAGCAGUGUCAUCUCCUUCUUCAGCAGGUAUGAAUGCCAAAUCCAGUUCUGCCAAAGUACUCAAACAAAUGGACAUUGGUGUUUUCUUUGGUUUAAAACCCAAAGUAAAAGAGGAAAGCAAAGGAGAGACAUGUUUGAGUGAGGGAAAACAGAUAGCAGGUUCAGUAACUCCCAAUGGAAAGAGGCCCAGACAGCAAAAAAGGAAGGCUGAAGAGUCUGUGGAAGAUGUAGAAGCAGUUACAGAAAAUCCAAGUAAAAAUGGACUCAUUGGAGAUGUAAGUGCUGGUGGCCAGCGAAGGUGGAGAAAAAAAUUUAAAGAAUUAUCUACUGCAGGUGAAGGAACAAGAAAUAAACACUGUCCUUUGUACAAGAAAAUACCAGGGACUGGUUUUACAGUUGAUGCCUUCCAGUAUGGAGAAAUUGAAGGCUGCACAGCUUAUUUUCUUACUCAUUUUCACUCUGACCACUAUUGUGGGCUAACAAAAAACUUCAUGUUUCCAAUCUACUGUAAUAAGAUAACUGGCAACCUGGUGAAGAGCAAACUUCGAGUCAAAGAGGAGUACAUCCAUGUGCUGCCAAUGGACACAGAGUGUAUAGUGAAUGGGAUCAAAGUCUUGCUGCUUGAUGCUAAUCAUUGUCCAGGUGCAACAAUGAUCCUUUUCUCUCUGCCCAGUGGAACUGUUAUUCUGCACACAGGAGACUUCAGGGCAGAUCCUUCCAUGGAACGUUACCCUGCUCUGGUUGCUCAAAAAGUCCACACCCUUUACCUUGAUACAACAUACUGCAGUCCUGAAUACACGUUUCCUUCUCAACAAGAGGUUAUCCAGUUUGCUGUCAAUACUGCCUUUGAGACAGUGACUUUAAACCCACGUACUCUUGUUGUCUGUGGAACCUAUUCCAUUGGAAAAGAAAAAGUUUUUUUAGCAAUUGCUGAAGUCCUGGGCUCAAAAGCAAGUAUGUCCCGUGAUAAGUACAAAACACUGCAGUGCUUGGAGUCAGCAGCUGUUAGUUCCCUCAUCAGUGUGGACUGGGAUGGUACUUUACUUCAUGUUCUUCCCAUGAUGCAAAUUAAUUUUAAGGGCUUGCAAGAUCACUUGAAUAAGUUUUCUGAGAAUUUUGAUCAAGUUCUGGCUUUCAGACCUACUGGAUGGACCUACUCUGAUUCAUGCCUUUCUCUGGUGGAUAUCAAACCUCAGAAAAGAGGAAAGAUCACCAUAUAUGGGAUUCCUUACAGUGAGCACAGCAGUUACCUGGAAAUGAAGCGUUUUGUUCAAUGGUUGAAGCCACAGAAAAUCAUCCCCACAGUAAAUGUUGGUGACUGGAAAGCCAGGAGCUUGAUGGAGAAGCAUUUUAGAGACUGGAUGACUGAGGGCAGUAGGCAUAAAUAAAUAUAAGGAAGAAUCUGUCUUUCAAAGGAGGUAGGCUGGAGUGGGAAUUAAGUUCCUUUGAACUUUAUUUAAUUCCUUUUUCCAUGGUGCUUUCUUUAGGAAAGGACUGAGCUGCCAUUCUCCUGAGCAAGCUGAAUUUUUUAGGGGAAAAAAAAAAAAAAAGCACCUUCCUUUCUCAUGUCUCUACUACUAUUUAUUUUUUCCAUAACUUUAUAGCUUUUCUACAUGGGUCGUUUUUAUCUUACUCCUCUUUUUCCAUUCUUAAUUUUCCUCAGAUUAUGUAGACACCCAGACGUAUAAUGCUGGGGGAGGAACCUCCUCCAGGUUAAUAACUUCUGAAAAUAAGUGAUUUUAAUAAAUUAGAUGAUGUGAAGCUUAUGUCACGUGCUGUCAGUUCAGGCUUCAGAGAAGCUCCUUUGGUGAGGCAGAAGUGGCAAUUUAAAUCUUGUAAAAAAAAAA